UGAUCAGUGUCAUGUCAAGCAGACAGCCUACAGCAAGAAAACAUUCAACUUGCAGGGACUAGACUAGAACGGUUGACGCAAAUUACUUGAUAAUAGCUUACGCAAUUCAGUUUAUUUGUUGUUUUUCUUGUUUUUAAGGUCAAUAGUUAUUAAAAUUGUUAUUCUGUGAGAAGCUUUCAGAGUGUUAUUGCAAUAAAGAAGAUGGAACUUUCCACCGAUAAAACUUCAAAUCGGGUUGAACGACAAGCAUUAUUCCAACCGCAAUUUGAAGAUGUAGUGAAAGCAUUGUCCAAGGGCCUGAGAGAGAAUUUUGAAACUGUCAAUGUUUCAUUAGAAGACUGCCCAGAUCUCACCCAGGAACCUUUCCAUUUAGCUGCCAAAGGUCUAGGAGGCUCCCCAAAAAUUGUUGAUCUAGGUGGUCCACCAUAUCUCCUCCCAAAUGUCGACAAAUCGAGAUAUUACGACUGUGCCUUGUUGGGUGAAAUAUGCCAGAUAGAGCCUGCUUUCAUUGUUGGCGCAGGGGCUGGACCUUUCCAGUAUGUUGGAACUAAUAGUGAGAUGAUAGCUAAUCUUAUUGUUGAAAAAGGAAAGGAAAACAAAGUUGGAACACGAAUUGUUAAAUUACAAAACCAUCAGAGAGAUAAAAUUGAAGUCCAAGUUCUACCCAAGGAAGAAACAAAAUGUGCCUUACUAGCGAACUUUUUCCUGUCACAGGGUAAAUCUGGAAAGGUUAUCAAAGUUCAUGUCAAGAAACGCACUGGCUCAAAAGACUUUGUCACUUCCAUGAGAGAAGCUCUCAAAAGUCAAUUUGGAGAUAAGGCUGUGGGACUUGGUGGAGCUUUUCUGGUGAAGGAAGGAAAGGUGAGACAGCAUGUAAUGUCAGAUUUUUCGAAAACGCCAAUUCACACAGAAGAGGAGCUGAAUAGCUGGCUCAACUUCUACGAGAUGUCGGCACCUCUGGUGGCUCUUGGAAUUCUCAUUUCUGUUGAUCCUGGCAUGGAUUUGAGAGUUCAGCACUUCCACAGCUUUAGUUUGCAUGGAGAAGGUGGUCACUACCACUAUGACACUACACCCGACUCAGUAGAAUAUCUGGCCUAUCUGAAUAUGGCCGGAGAACUUAUCCGCAUUGAUCGACCCGAGGUCACCCACCAAUUUGGACGAGAUUAGAUACUAAAUUGGACUAAAGCAAAAUUAAAUCUCUCAAGUUACCAUUGGUCCUGAUUCACGCUAUCAAGAAAGCUAUAUGUCAUGUAGGUACCAAACUACAGAUUGAUCCCCUUUAAUAGAUAUGCUAUUAAUAUUUAGGGUUAGCUGACACUAUGAGAGUAUCCUUGAGUGAUUCCAAGGUUCCUAAAGUUUACACUUAUUCUUAUUUCAAAAAGUCUACCUUUGAAUUCGAGAAAAGUGACUUGGAGGACUUGAAAACACUGCACAGAGUUGAAUUCGGAUUAAUUGAAGAUGUUUAGCACAUACAGGUUAGCAUAGGUAAUGAUAUUAUCUAGAUCUAGUGUAACUGCUGCGAUAUGAUUUUGCUUUUUUGUUGAAGCCAAAUCUGCUGAACAUUAUUAUGUUAAUCUUUAUGAACUAAAAAUUUCCAAUUCGCCUAAAUUUAAUUCUGUUCAGUGUUUUCAGGUCUUCUAAGCCUUCUACUUCGAAGAAUCAACGAAUUCCACAUACCGGUAUCUCUCAACAGCUUUGUGCCUUUGCCAUGAUCAAUUUCAAUUAUCUUAAUGCCGUGUUCAUCCUCCUUGCAGCAAAAUAUAAUUAAUUUUAAAUUGAAAACAAAAACGAUAAUAUACUUUUUUCAGUCCCAAAGAUACAGAUACAGAUACACAGAGUGGCCCAACAGAGGCACUAUUCCAUGACUAAUACUUGCAUUCACUUUCAAUUUCAUUUUUGCACUAGACAUUUCUUCUAUCUUUUUCUCCUAACUUUGCUCUGCCUAUGUACUAAACAAAAAAAUAUAAUUGACAUACAUCAAGUACUUCAUUUCAAGUUGAUUUAUAUACAUUUUACUGUGAAUAAUACGACUUAAGACAAAAAAUUAUAUUUUUCAUAAAAUUCUCUGAUUAGCUUCAAAUUUUACUGAAGUAUCAACAUUUUAAGUCGCAUCCUACAUUUAGGAUUAAUGUUCAACUUACCUCACCCUGGUAUGCUGCAAUCUUGGGUAGGCUAUUAUCGGCACAGUCGUAGGCUCGAAUCCGGCCAAGCUCUUGAAUUUCGGAACAUCUCUCAUCUUAUCACCCACGCACAAGUAGAUAAUUAUUUCAGCAUCAUUCAGAAAAAAUAUAAUAGCUACAUGCAAAAUGGUUUUUGGUAUUUCGGUGGAAGGAACGGGAGAUAUUGUACCGAAACAAUGCUUAUGGGUUCAGGAUUAUACAUAAUCUUGAUAUGUAUUUUAUUAUUUAAUAAUUUCAAUUAUUGUUAUUUCAAGUUCUAUAAAUUAUAUUCUAUAUAUACAAUAUAUAUGUUUGUUUUCUUUUUUUUAAUUUGAAGCAAUUUUAUUGUUGGAGGAAUAUUAAAGAAUUGCAUAUUAA